ACGGCAGUGCUGCUGAAUUCGCUCCUGGGUGGCUCUGUUGAGCAGCACUGCCGCUGCUCAUCCUCGGUUCUGGGACUGCCAGCAGAGCAUCUGCUGUCUGAUGCUGCCGUGCUGCUGAGCGCUGCAUCCACUGAACAGCGAGGUUCGGUGUCACGGCUGGAGCGGGGCAGGAGCUGCUGUGCUCGGAAAGGAGGGUGAAGCUGCGAGCCCGCUAUGGGGAUGCCCUACCCGAACACGCUGAGCGGGAGCUGCCGCCGCACCGCGGAGCCGCUGCGAGGAUCCGCCGCCCCCCGGAACCCCCACCGACGACGCCGCCGCGCCUCGUAGCCCCGCGGCGAUGCUGCUCUGCCCCGAUCCGACCGUCUGGCGGCCGCCCAAGCCGGCGUUUGCUCCUCUUCUCCUGCUGCUGGCAGAGCUGGGCUGCAGCUCCCCACCCACGUACCAGUGGAGAGAUGCUGGGACCAAGGAGAAGGUCACCUGCCAGCAGUGCCCGCCGGGGACAUUCGUGGCACAGCACUGCACCAGGGACAGCCCGACGGUGUGCUCACCCUGCCCCGACCUGCACUACACGCACUACUGGAACUACCUGGAGAAAUGCCUCUACUGCAACGUCAUCUGCGGGGAGCGGCAGGUGGAGGUGCAGCAGUGCAAUGCCACCCACAACAGAGCGUGUCAGUGCCAGGAGGGCUUCUAUGCCGAGUUGGAGUUCUGUGUGCAGCACUCCGUGUGCCCACCGGGUUCCGGAGUCGUGAAGUUGGGUUCCCCCUUUGAGAACACGCAGUGCCACACCUGCCCGCGGGGCUCCUUCUCCUCUUCCAGCUCCAGCACCGAGCCGUGCCAGGUGCACCAGAACUGCACACAGCUGGGGAAGGAGACCAACGUGCCAGGAAACCAAUACCAUGACACCCUGUGCACCUCCUGCAGGGUGGGGGGCAGCAACAGCACGCGGGGACCAGCUCCAGUGGACGAGGACUGCGAGCAAGCUUUGAUCGACUUUGUGGCGUACCAAAACAUCCCCCUGCGGAAGCUGAAGCGCUUGCAGCAGAUCCUGGAGCGCACGCCCAGGAAGCAGGCCCAGGAAACCAAGGCAGUGGCUCAGGAGAAGCUGCGGGCUGUGCUCACACACCGCAAGCAGGAGAACUCAGCUGUCAUCACGGAGCUGCUGGCUGCGCUCCGGGCCACCAAGCUGACCUCCAUAGAGAAGAAGGUGCGGGAGCGCUUUCUCUCGUAGUGGGAACACAGAAUGGACUCUUAGGGUUGCUUUUUUUCUUUUCUUUCUUUUUUUUUUUUUUAUACCAUGGUUCCAUUAAUUUAUUAAUGUUUCAAAAACGAACUGGAAAGGCAGUGUGGAUGAGUGCUGCGUUGUGCCGUGCGUUGGGUGCUCCUCCAGUGUGCCAGGAGCAUCUGCAAUCCGUCAGCAAAGCACCUCCAGCAGCUCACUGCAGGCUUGAGCCUGGCUUGGUUCUGAGCUCUGUGAGUUUGGGUUUGGGGUGUAGCUGGGUUGAUGAGGCCUUUGGAGACGUGGGUAUGGGUGGUGAUGGGUCAACAGUUGGACUGGAUGGGCUUGGAGGUCUCUUCUAACCUUAGAGAUGAUGUGAUUCUGGGAUUCAUUUGCUCUUGGCACGCUAAGAAAGGAGAGGAUUGCCUGAGACAGGCUGUGGGGAAGAUGUCCCUAAAGUCUGAGGUCCUGUUGGCUUUCAAUUUAUUUCUGAGCUACCUGAUUUUAUACCGUGUGAGUUGUUUUCUAAAGAAAGAAACCCAAGAGGUUAUUUUAUUACACGAUCCUGUUCCCGCUGUCCUUUCCUGAUCUCACUGGGGAGAGGUGGAGCUGGGGGUCCCCCUGCCUUCUGCAGGCGCUGCUCAUCCUGAUGCCUGCUUUGCACGUCCCAGAAGGGAACGUGGCAUCAGCCACUGACAAAGGGGAACUGUGCACACAGAACAGCAAAGCAGCACUGCACACAAGGUGACCGUCCCAGCACGUCCCUUAGCUCAGCUGUGUCACUGCUGGCUCUGUCCCCAUGCGCGCUGCCAGCAGCCAUUGCUGCCCAUCCACACCUCACUUCCCACAGAGCUUAUUUUCAGUCACUUGUGGAAGUCACCAGGGUGCCCCA